AUGAUUCGAGAAAUGAGCCCCUACUCAAGCUCGAACACUUCCACGACUGAACACAAGUGCAUGCACAAUGACGUGUCCCGUCAACCUGCAAUUGAUACAUCACGAACCCCAAACCCCGAACGUGGCGGUCUGCUCCUGCACCCUCGGUUCGCUCCGUUCACCGCGCCCACGCCGUUCAUUCGCUAUGCAAGACGGAACACAUCUCCGGGUGUGCGAUGA